UUACCGAAUCGAAGAUAAAUCGACGACACAUCUACGAGGGUUAGGGUUAGAGUUUGAAAGAUAAAGGUUAGGGUUCAAAAGAUUGUGUGGGGUCUAGUUAGGGUUUCUUCUUUACACGAAGAAGCAAACUGUUAUUUAUUGUGUUAGCAAACUUUUUCGUUCUCUUUCUUGAAUGUUUCGAUAAACGGCCUGAUUGCUUGCGCGCAUAGUCAUCUGUAACUAAGGUCAAACGAGGAAGACCAGGCCAUACCUCUGAGUGGCACUUGAAGGUAGUCGACAUAGUUGCAGGGUUUGAAGUGAUAUCAAUCUAGCCAAUAUGGGGAAGACACGUGGUAUGGGAGCGGGGCGUAAGCUGAAGACCCACAGGAGGCGGCAGCUGUGGGCAGACAAGGCUUACAAGAAGAGCCAUCUUGGUAACGAGUGGAAGAAACCCUUUGCUGGUUCUUCUCAUGCUAAGGGCAUUGUCCUUGAGAAAAUAGGUAUUGAGGCUAAGCAGCCUAAUUCUGCUAUUCGAAAGUGUGCAAGAGUUCAGCUUAUCAAGAAUGGAAAGAAGAUUGCUGCUUUUGUUCCCAAUGAUGGUUGUUUGAACUACAUCGAAGAAAAUGAUGAGGUGCUGAUUGCUGGAUUUGGGCGAAAAGGGCACGCGGUGGGAGAUAUUCCUGGAGUUCGAUUUAAGGUUGUUAAGGUGUCUGGUGUAUCAUUGUUAGCUCUUUUUAAGGAGAAAAAGGAGAAGCCACGAUCAUGAGCUGAUUGUUUAAGUGGUUCAUUAAGGGACACAAUUGGCAUUUAGAAGCUUUGAGAAGUUUAAUCACGGGAAUUUGAAUUCUGUUAUUGUAUGGAUUUGUUAACAAAUUUUGAUUAAAAUUGUCUUAAAAAAAUAAAAUGUUUUAGGUCUUGUUAGUAUCAGUCAUCAAUGUUUUAGGUAUUGUUAACUAUGAGAAUUAUGAUUUGUCUAUGUCGCAGGUAAUAUUGAAUUAGCUUUAACAAAUGGAAGGUACUAUUUAUUUUAAUGGUAAUCAAAUGGGUGCGCAGGCCUCAAUUCAAGUUA